AUGAACCAGGAAGUGGCUUUUGCAAAGUUGAAGAAGGAGGUCCGCUCCUUGCUCAUCACUUGCAAGCUGGGCCUGGACCCGGAGAGCCUCAGGCGGGACUUCGCUGUGAUGAUGGGCUAUCCCAUUCCCCUGAAGCUCCUGGGCUUCAGGAACAUCAUGGACAUGGUGAAGGAGAUGCCCGACGUGGUGUCUAUCCACUUCAACGCAGAUGGUGGAAUAUUCUUAAAGGCUUUAGGGGAUGAGUCCACAUCGAAACUUGAGAACAUGGUAGCCAAUCAGCGCACAUCUAAGACGGCCAGGAAAUUUAGCAGCGGUGGUUCCGGCUACUUCUCGAACCGCUCCCAUCACUAUCCCCCCCCUUUGAUGCUUCCUCGGCGAGGUCGUGCUCCUCCAGCUCUGCCUGCCCAGCUCAGGGCCCAGUUCUGCAUCCUGCUCUCCCAGUCCCUCUUCCAGGGUCCUCUCAGGUUAUCUGACCUGGAGAUCAGCUACCUGCGCUGCUUCGGCCACCCCCUGCGUGUCCACAACUAUGGCUUCUACUCCACCGGAGAGAUGCUGGAGGCAGCAGCAGACCUCGUCCUCAUCCAGCAAGGCCGGCUGGGCUCAGUUCUGACCCUGAGGCAACACAUGCUACCCAGGACACUGGUCAGACAGUGUAGUACACCAAGGAGGACUGGACCUGUGAAGCCACCGUCACCCAGAACUGACAAUCCAGCACCUAAAGGGCCUGGCACCAUUGCUCAGAGAGCCUCAAUACUCCCAGCUCCUGUCCCAAUGCAGCAGAGUCCUUUGGACCAGUCGUCUGCUGAGACGACUUCGGGCCGUGUCUGUCAAGAGUCGAUAACUGUCAGUAACAAGCCAAACAAGGUUGAGAUGAACCAAAAAUCUGAAGACAAGCUCUGCCAGGAAGAUCAACUCUUUCAGAAACGCGUUCUCAAGCUGGAAGAGGAGCUUCGUCAGAGGAUCCUGGAGAAUGGAGUAGCUCGCACCAUUAGUCAGGAGCUGAAGGACAAGUUGCUAAAGGUUGUACGUCAGACCUGUGGAGGGUUAUCGGUGGAAAAUCUGCCUGCAGAGUAUAAGAGGCUCUUUGGUGAGGAGCUGCCGCUGCUACAGAACGGCUUUGUCAGUGUCACAGAACUGGUCGAUGCCAUGAGUGACACCUUGCACCUCAAGCCUGCAGGGGGCGACGACGGGCACCACUGGAUAGCUAUGGACAUCCAUGACAAUGAAAGCACACAGUCAGGUGUCUACUAUUUGAACGGUGGAGAGUCUCCUUGGGAAGGUAAUCUGGAUGCAGACAUGGAAGAGAUCACAGCAGAUUACAAGAACGAGGAGCUAGAGACUAGUCACAUUUCCACGACCCAAAAAUUGAGGUCUGAGAUGUAUCCUGUCAUCCAGGUGCAUCGCAGCCCUGCUGUGCCCCUGGAUGCUGUGCAGAGUCAGCAUCUCAAACCGCCAAUGCGUCGUCAAGCUCAAGAGCAUCUACAAGUCCUGGUGGAACAUGUGGAGUCGCCGGGACAUUUCUACAUCCGCUUCAGCAACAGCAAGGAGGCGCAGGCUAUGGAGGACAUGAUGAUUGAGAUGAGACGAUGUUAUACCUCUCCCAAGGUGUCGGAGCGUUACACCCUCCGUAAGCCAUUUGUACGACGGGGUCAGGUCUGCUGCGUGUCACCUAGUGGAAUAUGGUUCUACCGAGUGGUGAUCCAUCAGAUCAUCAGUCCCACUCAAGUGGAGGUGUACUACGUCGACUUCGGUGGAAUGACUGUUGUGCAGAGCGCAGACCUCAAGUUCCUCAAGUCCUGCUACUUGGUUCUUCCUGCACAAGCUGUUGCGUCAUCACUUGCUGGAAUCAAACCCAACUCUGUCAGCUGGACUGCUGAGGCCACUGCUUGUUUCCAGAAGCUGUGCUCUGAUCGCACCCUGGUGGGCACUACGUGUUGUAACACUGGAGAUGUGCUGCAGCUCUACCUGUGUAACACGCUUACUGCUGACAACGUCUACAUCCACCUUGCCCUGCUGAGCCAAGGACAUGGGACACAGUGCUGCCCUACGGCCAGUGCAGCACUGUGCUUCCAGGUCAAUCCAGUGAGUCUCUACUUGGGGGAGGGAAAGUUUGACCUGCCAGAGAUAGAGGAGGAGAUGAUCUGCCCUGAGCCAGCAAAAGCUCCUGAACCAUCCAUGUCAGCCACACUGAAGGUUGAAGAGGAAGAGCCGCCUGCCCUGGAGUGGAUUGAGGACAGUGAGGUCAUCCAUCAGGUCAAAGAUACGAAGGCCGUCAACCCAUUCAGUGUUCCUCUGAAUGAACCAACACGCAGCUGUAGUGAAUUGGCCUUGGCCGUGACCAACGAGUUUCCUCACGCUAACCCUACCAGUCCUGCUACCAGUCCUGCUACCAGUCCUGCUACAAGUCCUGCUACAAGUCCUGCUACCAGUCCUGCUACCAGUCCCCUCGUCCCUCCAGAUGUGAUCCAGACCAAGACAACCCCAGCUCACUGUACAGCUGAUCUCACAAUGUUGAGCAGGACUCCUCCCACAAGUACUUCCAGCAAUAAUUUGAAUUCAUGUUACCAGACCCCUGGGGGGGAGGAGCACCAGCCGAAGGUCGCUGCCCCUUUACUGGUCCCACCACCUCGGCUCCUGCGGACCCUCUGCCUCCAUACCCCUGACCUGGGCAAAAUCAAGAGCUGCUAUCAGGGUGCACCUGUGUCUCUGCUCCAGAUCCGUAACCCUGGCAUCAUGUUUCCUUUGUUUGGGGGCAGGUAG